GUACAGAAGGUUAACUUUUUGAAACAUGUUUCUCUUUCAAAUAUUUCAAAGUUUAAUAUUUCAGCAGAGAGGAUAAUGUUGAGAUUUGCAAACUUUGAAACCUUCAACAUCUAUGGUUGGAAGGAGUUGGGAUCUUUAUCGCAAAUUGGGUUAAGAUUAAUUGGGCAUCGUUUCAUCACGAUUAGGGAUUGUCCGCAAUUGGUCUCUUUGGAAACAGAGGAGGAGAUAUUGCAACUUGACAAGAUUCCAGGUGUUGAAUCUCUGGAAAUAGGUAAUUGUGAAAGGCUGAAUAGACUACCAAAAGUCUUAUAUGCUUUCCCAUUCAUUACGACAAUAGAACUUGAAAAGUGUCCAGGCUUGGUUUGUUUUGCAGAGAGUAACUUUCCUCCUGCUUUAAAAGAGCUGAGGAUUGUGAAUUGCGUGAAUUUGCAAUAUUUGGUUGAUGAAAAAGAAAAUAAUAAUAAGAGUAUGAGUAGCAACACUUGUCUUCUUGAGCACUUACAUAUACGCUCUUGUCUUCUUGAGUACUUACAUAUACGCUACUGUCCAUCUCUAAUAUGGUUAUCAUCAAGGGGCGAUAUAUGCAAUCGGCUUCAACAUCUCCACAUUGAAAGUUGUUUAAAGCUAAGUAGCUUAUUUUUAAACACCAAGUUACCCGUAAUGCUUAAACAUCUGAAUAUUGGGGAUUGUCCAGUGUUGGAAUGCAUAGCCCAAGACUUCCUUGAAACCACUGAUCUCGAAAGCAUUCUAAUUAGGCGUGCUGAAAAAAUUAAAUCAUUACCGCGGGGAUUAGACAAGCUCAGCCAUCUUCAGGAGAUUCGAUUAUCUAGGUGUCCAAAUCUGGUUCCAUUUGAAGAAAGUGGGUUGCCCACCACAAAUCUCAGAGUUUUCUCAAUUGAGGAAUGUGAAAAUUUUGGACUCCUUCCCAAGUGCAUCCACAACUUCACCUCCCUUCGAAAAUUAAAGGUGUGGAACUGUUCGGCUGACAUAUCCUUUCCAGUAGAGGGUUUCCCUACCAACCUCACAUCACUUGCAAUCUCAAACGCUUCCAAAAUUUAUACAUCACUUGUUCAAUGGGGAUUUAACAGACUCACCUCUCUUCAAGAACUGGCUAUCAGCGGUGAAGGAUGCUCAAGUGUCAUGUCGUUUCCAGAAGAAGGGAUAGGAAGAAUGCUGCCUCCUUCUCUCAGAUAUAUCUGCAUUCGGAAUUUUGAGAAUUUGGAAUACAUGUGCUCGAAGGGCUUUCAACACCUCACCUCUCUUCAACAAUUGCGAAUUUAUCGUUGUCCUAACCUCACAUCUCUUCCGGAAAAGGAUAUGCUUCUCUCGCUUGAGCAGCUACAUAUUUGCAAUUGCCCAUUGCUAGAAGAAGAACGAGAGAGGUCCAAGAUUGCCCAUAUACCUUUCGUUAGAAUUGGUUUCAAAACAGUCAUCGCGGGAAUUUGAUUGAAAUUUAAGCUGCCAAAUCUGGCAUCGAUUUCUCCACACUCAAACCACAGGCAUUGAAGGGUAAACUGGCGAAAAAUAGAGGAGACCUUCAAUUGAUCUGCUUCAGCUCAUUUGAUUUUGUAAAGCGGUUA